GAGGAGCUCUGACGUCAUCGUUGUUCAGUUUUUUCUCUCUUGUUGCUCCGCAGUGCUGCUGCUGCUGUUUGACCUGAUAAACCUCUGAAAGCUGCAGGGAGGAUCUUUACUUUCACACUUUCUCCACUUUUUCUGCUCUUCUUCCUGCUCCCUCCCUCCCUCUCUCUCUCUCUCUCUCCCUCUUUCUCCCUCUUUGUCUCCAUGCGGGUCUCUCUCCCGCACCAACGCAAACGCCGGGCCUUCCUGUAGCCGCCGCCCCGGCCUCCCCCUCCCUCCGGCCGGCGGAGCCUCCCAGCUGAGCCCCGCUGAGGUGGCCUGGUUCCCGGGGAGCGGAGCCGCAGAGGAGCCGGCGGAGGGGAUGUUUGUUCCGGACUGAGGAGAGCAGAGAGCAGCGGGAAGAUGUCCGGCAGGAUGCCUCUGACCCCGGUGAGCGAGAGAGAGCCCGAACAGCCAAAGACGUCAGACGGCCUCCCUGAGCCACCGGCCCCGCCCACCAAAUCUUCAAGCCAUCACAGUCUCCCGCCAUGUCGCAGCUCGGCGACAGACGAGCAACCGCACGUCGGCAACUACCGCCUGAUGAAGACCAUCGGCAAGGGCAACUUCGCCAAAGUGAAACUGGCCAGACACACGCUGACCGGCCGAGAGGUCGCCAUCAAGAUCAUCGACAAAACUCAGCUGAACCCCACCAGUCUGCAGAAGCUGUUUAGGGAGGUCAGUGUGAUGAAGACCCUCAACCACCCCAACAUCGUGAAGCUGUUUGAGGUGAUUGAGACGGAGAAAACUCUGUACCUGGUCAUGGAGUACGCCAGCGGAGGUGAGGUCUUCGACUACCUGGUUGCUCACGGACGGAUGAAGGAGAAGGAGGCCAGAGCCAAGUUUCGCCAGAUUGUGUCUGCUGUGGAGUACUGUCACCAGAAGAGGAUCGUACACAGGGACCUGAAGGCUGAGAACCUCCUGCUGGAUGCCGACAUGAACAUUAAAAUCGCAGACUUCGGCUUCAGUAACGAGUUCACGCUGGGCAGCAAGCUGGACACGUUCUGCGGCUCGCCUCCUUACGCCGCUCCUGAACUCUUCCAGGGGAAGAAGUACGAGGGCCCCGAGGUGGACGUCUGGAGUCUGGGAGUGAUUCUCUACACGCUGGUCAGCGGCUCGCUGCCCUUCGACGGACAGAACCUCAAGGAGCUGAGGGAGCGUGUUCUCCGAGGAAAGUACCGGAUCCCCUUCUACAUGUCGACUGACUGUGAGAACCUGCUGAAGAAGCUGCUGGUCCUGAACCCGGGGAAACGAGGCAGCCUGCAGCAAAUCAUGAAGGAUCGAUGGAUGAACGUCGGCUACGAGGACAAGGACCUGAAGUCAUACACCGAACCAGAACAAGACUUCAACGACCCCAAACGCAUCGAGCUGAUGGGGACGAUGGGCUUCCCUCAGGAGGAAGUGAUGAAGGCGCUGGAGGGCCAGAAAUACAACGAGGUGACGGCGAUAUACCUGCUGCUGGGGAGGAAACCUGCUGAGCAGUUGGAGGGCAUCGCGUCUGUGUCCAGCGGUAACCUGGUUCAACGGCUACGACCCAGCAACGACCUCAACGGCUCCGGUCACUCCCCCGCCCACUCCCGCAACGUAUCGACCAAUCAGAAGCAGCGGCGUUUCAGCGACCACGUGGCGCCCUCUAUCCCCCCACCCGUCUCCUACAUCAAGCGAAGUCAUGCCAACAGCGUGGAGAGCGACAAGAAGGACGAGCCGGCCUCACCCAUGGGAGCUCCAGACCGCAGGAGGUCAGCCACAGCCUCAGGGAGCAUAACUCGGAGGAACACGUACGUCAAUGAGAGGACGAGUACUGAACGCCACUCGGCCGCUGUCUCCAACGGGAAGGACAGCAGUCUGCCCGAGGUACCCGCAGCAUCCCCCUCCCCGUCGCCGAGGGCAACCGUGUCCUCCACACGGACGCGUCACGUCAAGUCCAUGUCGGCGUCGGGACAUCCCAUGAAGUCCUGCCUGCCUCCCAUCGACGACACCGCAGAGUAUCAGAGCUCCCCCCAGCAGCCCCCGUCAUCGCCUUCUGCCUUCAGCAUCACCAGCAGCAGCACCACCACGCCGGACCGGACCCGCUUCCCUCGCGGUUCCUCCAGCCGCUCCACCUUCCACGGCGCUCAGCUUCGAGACCGACGACCCGCCACCUACAACGGCCCGCCGGACUCGCCCAGCCUGUCGCAGCACGGCGCCUCAUCGCUGGCCUCGCCCCGCCGCGGCACCUCCACCUCCCUCAUUGGCAAGAUCACCUCCAAGUUUGGACGCAGGAGUUUAUCUGGUGAGCCCAAAGAGGAGGGGCGGGACUCGAAGCCUCGUUCCCUGCGCUUCACCUGGAGCAUGAAGACCACGUCCUCCAUGGAGCCGGGGGACAUGAUGAAGGAGAUCCGGAGGGUCCUGGACGCCAACAACUGUGACUACGAGCAGCGCGAGCGCUACUCGCUGUUCUGUGUGCACGGAGACGCCCGGCAGGACAGUCUAGUCCAGUGGGAGAUAGAGGUGUGCAAGCUGCCCCGCCUCUCGCUCAACGGCGUGCGGUUCAAAAGGAUCUCCGGCACGUCCAUUGCCUUCAAAAACAUCGCCUCCAAAGUGGCCAAUGAGCUCAGGCUGUGAGCAACUUCCCCUUAUUAUCACAUUAUCCUUAAACACUGCGGGAAGCAUUCCUCUGUCGCUCUUCUUCGGCGGCCUUCUUGUGCAGUAUUCCUCACUAUCUGCUGUAUGACUGCUUCUUGUACUCAACACUAUUUAAUGUUAUCACUAAAUGUUCGCCAGUGAAACCAAAUGUUAAAACGAUUGACGGCGCAGAUAUGCAGCAGGUUGCGUUUCAUCCCUCAGUGUGCUCAUCUCGACAGGUACAGAGGAUCCAUCCAGAACAAACGCCAGGUCCGCCUGUCACUACCUAUUGGACACUACAUGUUGGUUUAUCACUGUUUAUAUGCACUAAAGGACUCAGAUUCUUCCAAAAAAACCUGGGAAACUGAAUUUUGAAACAUCGUGUAAAGUGGAAACUUACACAGGUAGAUUCUUGAUGGAGAAACCUGACGAGUCUUUAAACUGGCUUUUCUUUUUUGGGACUAAACAGUUUGCAUGUCAAAGGGUAGGAAAGUAGCUGCAUGCUACUGACCUAACUCUUGUGUAAUCUGGAGUUUGCAGCAGUGCAUGCAAACCUUGCCUUAAUCUGAUUGUUAACAGUUAUCUGGUUUCUUUUACUGGAAGUAAACAGUCAGUGAAACAUCACCUCUGCUCUACCUGUGCAACUCUCCUGCUACACUAGUACAACAGCUAGCUGUGUGCAGUUACAGGCCAAAACAUACAACAUUCACCAAACAUUUCAGCCAUUUCCUCAAUGCUUUCUGAUGGCGUAAAACUCUUUUAUUUUGUUGCCUUGACCUCCAUUGCUAGAGGGGCCAGCUAGUUUGCUUAGCUAAACCAUUAAUCUCAGCUAGCAAAUUUCCACUGACUGAAUAUGUGCUCAGACUGAAUGUGAGGUGACUUGUGGACGCUGCACAAUUGCAUAUAAAGUCAACGCUAAGAGGUGAAGAUGGCCAAGAAAUACCAGAAAGAAAUUUGAAUGUUGAGACCAGUCAGAGACUCUUGUAGCACACGUAGCAUAGAGACUCUCCAACGGGUUGUAUGUUGGUAGCUAGCUACAACUAACGUCUGUACAGUUUGCACACUAGCUGUUUGUGGCGAAUAAACAAAUUUGUGCUUCUGAACACACUUUAACACUAGUUGGCAAGCUAAGAUGUUAUCUCAUCAGUAACAGAAGUCUAUGGGAGGGAAGAAUUUAAACGGGCUUAGAAGACGUUUCUCCCCAGCUAAAGUUAGCAUAGCGUGAUUAUUCCCGAUCUGAUUAAACCGCCAACUGCCUGGAUGUGUUUUGGUGAAGCGUUAGAAAUGAUAUGCAGUUGGGUUUGCUCCUGAUUUUGUCCAUAAGCCACGGCAGCCCGAUCAUUUAUAUUUUAUUUUUUUGCCAUGAAAAUGUUAUGAUUGUGAUGAUGGUGUUUGCAGCAGAUAUUCACUCUGCGUUCACGCUGCAGGCCUUUUUGUUUAUGUUUAAAUGUGGCCCACAUCAGACUGAAGUGUGAACUGGCCACCGCGCAGAAUUGUGACGACGGUCUGGAGCAGUGGUCAGCAAUAGGCGGCCCACGGGCCAAAGCUGUGACUUUGAUACCGGCAAAAAAAACAAAAAACUUAGCGGCUGGUGUUGAAACGAUGAUCUCAGUCACGACAUUAAAAAGUUACUCACAUAAUCACUUCCUCUUAUGUGAGUGUCCCUACAAAAUAAAAGCGUGAGAACGUCUUUGCAGCAGUACUUUAUGUUGUUUAAUUGAGAGCUUUUAAAAGUUCUGAAGGAAAGUCAAAAGAGUCUCUGGCUUACUUGACACACCUCAGAAAAAGCUGUCAAAAAACAUGAGAUCGGAUUCCCCUGAUUGAGAAACGCAGGUAUUUCCUCACUGGGGAAAUGAAAAUAAGCGUCCGUAGGUUGAUGUGGACCAAUCGCCGGGGGAGAACACACCCCUGCCCAUGCUUAAUGUAAAACGAUCUUUUCAUAAUCAAUUUCUUGAAAAGGGAGAAAAAUAAGAUUAGCAGCAACAUGGGACUGAACACACAACCUUUCAAACGGGAGUCCUGUGAACUACGGCACACGGUAAAUGGUGGAUUAUAAAUGAUAAAUUGACCAUGUUCAUCUAAUGACUUGGCCCGAUGCCAGACUGAUUUGCCGACCCCUGCUCCAGAGUGACGUCAGAGUUUCAUGAACUCUGAUCUGACUGUCCAGACUAAGGUCGCAUUUCAGAAAAUCUGACCUGUAUCUCGUACCCGUUCUCACUCCGAAGUCGUCACAUAUGGACGCAUUUUCAAGACAACUUGGCGGUACUUUGUAAGGCACUGGCGGGCCCCUUAGCGUCAUAGUUCAUGCACUGGGAGAAGCCCUGUAGCGUUGCUUUUUAACGCUAAAGGUAGGUGUAGGAUUUUUAACAGUAAAGUCCCAGUCAAGCAAGAGACCGGUGUUAAUUUCCCGUGUGAAACAAGAAUUUUUCUUUGUAGGUUACAUAAGUUGCGUAACUCAGUAUGUAACGCUAACCUGUUAUUUUAAGCCAAACCAUGAUGGGGUUUUUUUUAUAACCUAACUAAAUUGUGACGUCAUUUUUAUGUGUACGUUAACGUUAACCGCUAGUUUUAUUUUGAAAGUGUAACUGGACGUUGCAUAUUUAUUGUUGCUAAUUUAACCGCAAAGUGCUACACAUCCAAAAAUGACGCUAAAGGGUAGUGUUGUAGUCAAGACCGCCCAAACUGAGACCAAGUCAAGACCACGACUUUUAGGGUCUGAGAGCAGUCAAUACCAAGACCGAGGGAAAGCGAGACCGAGUCAAGACCAAGACCAGUUCCCUGCAUUGCAUGGCACGCAAUAAAAUGUGGAACGAGAUCACAGGUACUUCACAAAUUGAUCUGAAAGAACUACAUUCCCAUUAAAACACCCACAUUCAAGCCCGAGACGAGACCAAGACCAUCAAAAAGUGGUCUUAAGACCAAGACUGGUCUCGAGUACAACAACACUACUAAAGGGCACCCAGGGUGUUAAAAAUCGACGCCAAGGGGUCUUGACCAAGCGUUAAUACGUGAGGAGUGGUGAGUGAGAAUAUGUUGGAUUUGGACCACGUAUCUGAACUGGCUGUUCACACUGUUAUAAACAAAUCAGUCGCAAAAUCGGAUUUGGGAAACUUUGGCCUGCCGUCUGAACGCAGCCUUAGUCUCGGCUUUAGCUUUGAUGCUGCGAGUUGCACAGUUUAGAGUCGAGGUAGUGAGUCGUGAAGUGUGACGAACAAUCAGGUAGCCACGACAGCCUCACUGUUCGGUUGCCUGUGACCUCUGACUUCCUGAAGCAGCAGCCCUUUCACUCCCCGGAUGACUGAACGUUAUUGCAAUAAAUACAGGAGCUCUUGGCGAUGACGCCGCGUUGAUCAAAAACACAAACUGUGCAGCUCCGUAAACCUUUUUACACAUUUACAACUGACAGAGCAGAAUGUGUUUGUAUUAUUUUAGUUCUUGUUGUUAUUUGCUAUGUAAAACGAUACCUGUCCAGGUGAAUAUGUGCAGGUACAGUAUUAAUCAGUCUUGGCUUGUGUUCGGAGUCUAUUUUUAUGUGGUCCACACUGUCUGCAUUCUUUUCCACCACUGAACAUGUUUAUUUUACUUUUAUUUUUCAAGGCUUUCAGCAGUGAGAUGAAACCAGAACCACACUCUCCAGACAUGCACUUUUUAUUUUCACUUCACAUGUGCUCCAAACUUAAAGGACCAGUCUGGUGUUUUUUGUUGUUGUUUAUAUUUUUCUUAUCAACAACAAAUCCCACGCACAUGUCUGCAGCUCCGAGCCCCAUAGUUUCAUGUUUAGAAAGGCUUUAGUUUCCAUCAAACAAGCAAACAAAAAGGAGGAAAUAGUGCAUCUGUUGGGGACUACUUUCAGCGGCGGUGGCAGCAGGACUGUGUAUGUGGGACUGAGUCACAAUAAACUACAGUGUAUUUGUUCAGUGAGGCUCACUGAUGGGUUUUUUAAUUGGAAACAACAAUUUACAUUUAUUCAUUUAGCUGACGCUGUUAUCCAAAGUGACUUACAAUUGCUAAAUAUGUCAGAGGUCGCAGGGGUUUAGUGUCCUUCUUGAGGAGCUGUUGUAGUGGGAAUCAAACCCUGGUUUUCCUGACCAAAGGCAUGUGUCCUUUCCACUGUUCCAUCGCUCCCCAUCAGCAAUGAGAGGAAGUAGAGACAUUGGGCUGUGAGACGCACACGGGACUUGUUGGUUGGUAUAUAACAUUCACUGCUGGGUUUGAAAAAAAAAAAAAAAAAUCACCAGACUUCUCCUUUGAAGGUUAAUUCCUGCAGAAAUUGAGUUUCUUGGGAACUAAAUUCUCUAAUCUAUUCCACCACUUCUGAAUGUCUUGCUUAGUAUUUCUGAUGCUUCAGUUGUAUUGGAGGAAAUUGAGAUGUUUGCAGUUUUUCUUUCAGUUUUAGUUUUUCUGUAUAUUUUGAAUUUUGUUCCCACUAAUCUUUGGCUGCACAUCAACAGAGCCGCUAAGUAGCUCUACGUGUCUCUGUCCAACCCGUUCUCAUCCCCAGGCAACACAUAUGGACGCUUGGUCAAGAUGCCUUGGCGUCGCUUUUUAACCUCCUGGCUACCCUUUAGCGUCACUUUUGCACGGGUAGAGCUCCGCAGUCAAGUUAGCAAGAAUAAAUAUGCAAAGUCCGGUUAAACUUUCAAAAUAAAACUAGUGUUUAACGUGAAACGGUGCGGUUUGGCUAGGUUUAUGCACCAAAACCACUUGGAUGGGUUUAGGAAAAGAUCAAGGUUUGGGUUCCAAAUAACUACGUUACUAACAUGCAUAAGUUAAGAAAUGUUACUUACCCAUCUGCCCCAACAACCCCCUUACUCUGACAUUUUUGUUAUUUAUUCUAGGCCUCCUUUUAGUGUUUGAACAGUGACGCUCAAGGCUGCCAUGUGCAUUGGUACCAGAAGACGUGACAACGCGUAGGUAUUUGACGUCCUGGGAAUGAGAACGGGACGCUCUAUUGUGUCGAGGUCCUGAGGGUUCACUGUGCAAUGGUUCUCCAUCGUUACUGAAACUCGAGAACACUUUGUACUGUAUGUUGUAGCACUUAAAGCUGAGAGGGGAACAACCAACACAAAUCUGGGAUCAGAGACGGAAAGGUGUGAAUAUGACGCUGCCUUCAUGUCGCCUGGGAAAGACUGUAAACUUGAGCCUCUUACUUGAAUAUAGCCUUCACCUCAGCUCUCGGAGAGUAACUCGUACCAGGUGACCGACUGAUUUGUCAGGCUCAUUGUUAACAGGAAAGUAGCAGAAGUCCAGUGUAGCCAUGAUAGGUUCAUUUUUAAAUAAAAACCACACAAAUUAAA